CGCUCCGUGCCCGCCGCCGCCGCCCGGCCCGGGCCGCUCUGGGGACAGCCCCGCUGAGGGCGAAGACUUGUAGGGAGGGCUGGAUCCCUGCCCGACCGCCCUCGGAGCGCCCUUUCCCCAGCGAGGCGCAGUUCGUGCCGUCUCCAGGCCUUGCUGGAAAUGCUGUGUGGGGUUCAGCGUGCAUUCACUGAAUCCGUGCUCAGUCCCUCGUUUUGAGGGGGAAAAGGGUGAUCCCGGCCCACCCCGUCCGUGAGGAGCAGCUCGCCAUGCCCACGGUGGUGGUGGUGGACGUGUCGCUGUCCAUGACGCGGCCGGUGUCGGUGGAGGGCUCCGAGGAGUACCAGCGCAAGCACCUGGCUGCCCACGGGCUCACCAUGCUCUUCGAGCACAUGGCCACCAACUACAAGCUGGAGUUCACGGCCUUGGUGGUGUUUUCAUCCCUCUGGGAGCUGAUGGUGCCCUUCACGAGAGACUACAACACACUCCAGGAAGCCCUGAGUAACAUGGAUGAUUAUGACAAAACCUGUUUGGAGUCGGCGCUGCUGGGGGUUUGCAAUAUUGUCCAGCAGGAAUGGGGGGCAGCAAUUCCUUGCCAGGUUGUCCUGGUCACCGACGGCUGCCUGGGCAUCGGCAGAGGCUCCCUGCGCCACUCCCUGGCCACGCACAGCCAGCGCAGCGAAAGCAACAGGUUCCCCCUGCCCUUCCCGUUCCCGUCCAAGCUCUAUGUCAUGUGCAUGGCCAACCUGGAAGAGCUUCAAAGCACAGAUUCCUUAGACUGCCUGGAACGACUCAUUGAUUUAAACAAUGGGGAAGGGCAGAUUUUCACCAUUGAUGGCCCCCUGUGCCUGAAGAAUGUGCAGUCCAUGUUUGGAAAGCUAAUAGACCUGGCUUAUACACCAUUCCAUGCUGUCCUCAAGUGUGGCCACUUAACAUCUGAUGUGCAAGUGUUUCCCAGACCAGAGCCUUUCAUUAUAGAUGAGGAAAUAGACCCCAUUCCUAAAGCAAUUAAUACAGAUCUAGAAAUUGUUGGGUUUGUAGAUAUUGCUGACAUUUCCAGCCCUCCUGUCUUGUCCAGACAUUUGGUACUGCCCAUUGCACUUAACAGAGAGGGGGAUGAGGUGGGACCUGGGAUCACAGAUGACACUGAAGAUGAGAAUUCAGCUAAUCAGAUUGCUGGGAAAAUCCCCAACUUCUGUGUUUUAUUACAUGGCAGCCUGAAGGUGGAAGGCAUGGUGGCUCUCGUCCAGUUGGGGCCAGAGUGGUAUGGAAUGCUUUAUUCACAAGCUGAUAGCAAGAAGAAGUCAAACCUCAUGAUGUCACUCUUUGAACCUGGUCCUGAGCCCCUCCCAUGGCUGGGGAAGAUGGCACAGCUUGGCCCCAUUUCAGAUGCAAAAGAAAAUCCUUAUGGGGAGGAUGACAAUAAGAGCCCUUUCCCUUUGCAGCCCAAGAACAAGCGCAGCUAUGCUCAGAAUGUCACUGUCUGGAUCAAACCCAGUGGCCUCCAGACAGAUGUACAGAAGAUCUUGAGAAAUGCAAGGAAACUUCCUGAAAAAACACAGACCUUCUAUAAAGAGCUGAACCGUUUGCGAAAGGCAGCUCUGGCCUUUGGCUUCCUGGAGCUGCUGAAGGGCGUGGCAGACAUGCUGGAGAGGGAGUGCACCCUGCUCCCCGACACCGCCCACCCCGACGCCGCCUUCCAGCUCACACACGCAGCCCAGCAGCUCAAAGUGGCGAGUACGGGAGCCUCGGAGUACGCUGCCUACGAGCACAACAUUGCUCCUCUGCAGACUGACUUUUCUGGUAGCAGCACCGAGAGAAUGUGAAGUCUCCGUUUUGGGAGCUUCUCUAGAUUAAGGCUGGAGUGGUUCAAAAUUUAUUGUUUACUUUUUAGGGCCUGUUCAAUUGCUGUUUGAAGAACUUCCUGUCCAAAUGGGGAAGUUUUGCAUCAGUGCUCUCUAAACAAACAUAGCUCGUUUGUGGUGGCUUUUAGUCAGACCUGGAAACUGUGGAAAGUGUCCCAGACCCAGUGAUGGUGUUGGAUGAUUGGUGGAAGUUAUUUGGUACAUGUGAGGAGAGAAAAAAAUGGCAUUGGAGGCACUUCUUGGGUUUUGGCCUUCCCAGAAUGCAGUUAUUACAUAACUGAACUGGUGAAAGUAUCCUAAAAGGCAGCUACUACACUUUAAACAUCAACUUGAUUAGUCCAAAGAAAGGUGUGAGAAGCACCCUGCAAGAUCAGAUGGAGCUGAUUUUGGGGUGUUGGCCCUGACUUUAUGUCCAACUGGACAGACAGUCUGUACUGAGCAUUAUCACUUGCACUGCAGUGCUUCUGAAAGUAACUUGAUCUUGGGACAAAUGGUUUUUUAUUUGCAUAAUACAAAUAAAGAGUAAUUCUUCAUGAAAAUUUAA